UGACAUUUCAUGACAUUUACAUGACUUUUGCUUGAUCGUCGCCAUCGUCAGGGCCAGGGCCAGGGCUCUGAGUAUAUUUUUCUGCGCUUCUGCAACAUCUUUUCAACAAAAAAUACAAAAUGGGCUACAAAUUUCUUAAACUAGCUUCCACUUCCAUAAGGCCAGUGAGUGUCCGAAUUGGAGUGAGGUCGUACGCAACAAGCCAUGAUGCAGAUCUCGUGGUUAUCGGCGCCGGCCCUGGCGGUUAUGUCGCAGCGAUUAAGGCUGCUCAGCUUGGAAUGAAGGUAGUGUCUGUGGAGAAAGAACCUACUCUUGGUGGUACCUGCCUAAAUGUGGGAUGUAUUCCCUCUAAGGCUCUACUGCAUAACACACACUUGUACCACCAAGCACAGCAUGACUUUAAGCGCAGAGGCAUUGAAGUUGGAUCUGUACAAAUGAAUUUCAAAACUCUGAUGGAGUACAAAGAAGCAUCUGUGAAAGCCCUUACUGGAGGAAUUGCUAUGCUUUUCCAAAAGAAUAAGGUCAAGCUGGUAAAGGGUGUAGGCACCAUUGUGGCCCCCAACAAGGUAGAGGUGAAAGGUGCAAGUGGAGUAGAGACAGUUAACACUAAGAACAUUCUUAUUGCCACUGGCUCUGAAGUCACACCCUUCCCUGGAGUUCCGGUUGACCAGAAAAAUAUUGUGGAUUCAACCGGCGCCCUAUCCCUGCCGCAAAUCCCUAAGAAGAUGCUCGUCAUCGGCGCCGGUGUCAUCGGUCUGGAGCUCGGCUCGGUCUACCAGAGGCUCGGCGCCGAAGUCACGGCUAUUGAGUUCCUUGGCACCAUUGGUGGUGUCGGUAUCGAUCUGGAAGUGGCGAAUACGCUCCAGAAAAUCCUGGCCAAGCAGGGCAUGAAGUUCAAGCUCGGCACCAAGGUCUUGGGCAUCAAGAAGGAGGGAGAAACUGUCAAGGUCGAAGUGGAGGCAGCCAAGGGCGGCAACAAGGAGACGUUGGAUUGCGACGUCGUGCUGAUCUCGAUCGGGCGCCGGCCGUACACCCGCGAGCUGGGGCUGGACAAGGUGGGCAUCGCGCUCGACGACCGCGGCCGCGUGCCCGUCAACGAGAAGUUCCAGACCAAAGUGCCCGGAAUUUAUGCGAUUGGCGACUGCAUCCACGGUCCCAUGUUGGCGCAUAAGGCAGAAGACGAAGGCAUCGUUUGCGUGGAAGGCAUUAAGGGCAUGCCGGUACACUUCAACUACGACGCGAUCCCGUCGGUCAUCUACACCACGCCCGAGGUCGGCUGGGUCGGCAAGUCGGAGGAGGACCUUAAGAAGGAGGGCAAAGCGUACAAAGUAGGCAAAUUCCCGUUCCUGGCGAACUCCCGAGCGAAAACCAACGGCGAGCCCGACGGCUUCGUCAAGGUCCUCUCCGACAAGGCCACCGACGUCAUCCUCGGCACACAUAUCAUCGGCCCCGGUGGCGGCGAGCUGAUCAACGAGGCGGUGCUGGCGCAGGAGUACGGCGCCGCCGCCGAGGACGUGGCGCGCGUCUGCCACGCGCACCCCACCUGCGCAGAGGCGCUGCGUGAAGCGAAUCUCGCGGCGUACUGCGGCAAGCCCAUCAACUUCUAAAUAUACAUCGUGUAGUACACUCGGAGACCAGUGGCCGUGGGGCCGAGCGGAGAAGUGGCCCCGACGAUAACCACCAUGUGACGACUCUGCAGUGAUCAGAUUUUUUAUGGUGAAACAGUCGAGACAGUACAAUGAAUAAAACUAAAGUAUAAUAAAUAUAUUAACAGCGAAACGCUACAUGAUCAUUGUAUCAUAGACACAAAGUUUAAUUUCGUCUGACUGUUUGCGUUGUGUCGCCGUCAGAUAUACCGAAGCAAGCAGGCACUCGCACAAAUAUCAGAACACUACUCAAUUGCCAAGGCGUUCUGGAUUUUUUUUGCAGUCUACUCUGGUGUAGAUAUUUUUGAUGCUGACAAUGCUUAAAUCCACAAGCAACUUUUUUCGUCUAAGCCAGAGGUCGGCAAACCGCGGCUUGCGAGCCGCAUGCGGCUAUUUGGGGGUACAAUUACGACUUUUUACGUCACUUGUAAAAUUAACCCUUGAGAGUUCUUACACCACUGAAAACAACAUUUGUGGUUAUUUAAGCUGCCUUAACACAUUGACUGCCAGACAAAAAAACGGCGCACUACCCCAGAAGCCGGUGAUCUAUAGCUGCGUACAAAACAACCCCCCCAGCGGGUUGUCCGGCAUCUGAACAAGUUCACGAGCGCCCACCAGGUGGGCUUCCGGCAGUGAAUGUGUUAAACUGAUGUCUACUGGAGUUGAUUCUUCUUCUCAAAAGUUUGCCGACCCCUGUACUAAGCUGCGCUACAAAAAAUCUGAUCACCAAAUAUUAGAAAUAAGCAAGUUGUGGAUUUUAUCAUUCAUAACUUGCUUCUUGGGGUUUAGUCACAAUAAAUGAUGCACGUCCCUGUAACGAAUCUUGUGUGAAUCUGAUAUGAAAGGUAUUAAAUAUAAUUUCCAAACGCUGCCACUACAUCCUCUACGUCACUAUAUAAAACUCCAUAAGAGAUUUUGUAUAAUGUAUACUUAUUUUAUUUUUGUUGCUAAGCUGACGUGAAUUUAAAUCUUGUUAUUUUUUUUAACCUAUUUAUUUUACAAACUUCGUUUGCGAGUCCAUUCCGAUUAAGAUCAGUUAACCAUGCAUUUACUGCGAGUAAAUGUUUGUUCAAUUGGUGUAUUUAUUUUAUUUUGUAAAUAGUUUACAGAAAUACAAAAUGUUAUAAAACGUA